AUGGCCGCGGUGGCGGGGCCGGCGGUCACCGCGGGGGUGGCGGCCAUCGCCGCGCUGUGGGUGACAGCCGUGGGGGCAGCCACGGGGCGCUGGUGCGAGCGGACGGUGCUGGUGACGGAGCAGGAGGAGGUGACGCCGCGGCGCGAGGCCGCGGUGCCGUGUCCCAGUUUGUACCAGUACAGCCUGGCCGGGUGGCGGCUGGACCGGGACCGCACGCGCCGGGAACGCGGGAAUUCCCCCGGGGACACCGGCACCGACCCCGCCCUCUGCUACAUCUACCGCCCUCCGGAGAUGCAGCCGGUGGCCCGGAACCGCACGGAGCGUGGCUGCUGUCCCGGCUGGAGCGGCGCCCGCUGCACUGAGGGCCCCGGCUCCCUGGGCCGCUGUUUCAGCGCGUGGCAGUGCCAGGACAGCGCCGGCCACAACAGCAGCGCCAUGAGCCGCGCCGAGUGCUGCCAGCACCCCUGGGGACACAGCUGGCGCCGCGGGGACACCGGGGGGCCCUGCCUGCCCUGCACCCGCCUGCCCCUGGGCGGGGACGGGGGCUCCCCGCGCCACCGCAGCCCCCCGGCCGCCUGCCAGGCCUGGGCCGGGUCGCGCUUCCGCACCUUUGACGGGCGGCACUUCGGCCUCGCCGGGAGCUGCCGGUACAGCCUGGCCACCGCCACCGACGGCACCUGGGACGUCACCAUCGGCCUGGGACACCCCCGGGAGCUGCACAUGACCUUUGGGCCAGACACGGUGGUGGCCCAGGGACGGAACGUGUCGGUGAACGGGGCUGCAGUGCCACAGGGACGCCCCUACCUGCACAAAGGGCUCGGUGUCACCUGGCCGGGUGACUGGGUGGCCGUGGCCAGCAGCCUGGGUGUGCGGGUGGCCUGGGACGGGCACCUGGCAGUGACAGUGACAGCGGAGCCCGAGCUGCGUGGCGGCACCUGGGGGCUCUGUGGCACCUACACCGAUGACCCCGCAGACGACUUCAUGCUCCCUGACGGGGACAUCGCUGCCAUCGCCGCCGCCUUUGGCAACGCCUGGAAGGUGCCGGUGGCCGGCACAGAGCCCCCGUGCAGGGACGUGCCGGAGGGGGGCACCAGGUGCGGCCCAGGUGAGGUGGCAGCGGCGGUGGCCACGUGCGGGCGGCUGCUGGCCCAGCCCUUCCGGCAGUGCCACGGCGAGCCCCCGCCCCCCGCCGCCUGUGACACCUUCGCCGCCUACGCCCGGGAGUGCUCCCGCCGCCAGGUCGAUGUCCCCUGGCGCCAUCCCGGCUUCUGCGAGCGCCGCUGCGACGCGGGGCAGCGCUUCUCCGACUGCGUGUCCCUGUGCCCGGCCACCUGUGUCACCGCGGGCAGCGCCGAGCCGGGCACCUGCCACCGCCACUGCCACGGCGGCUGCGAGUGCGGCCCGGGGCUGGCCCGCGACGGGCCGAGCUGUGUCCCCCCGGCCGCCUGCCCCUGCCACCACCGGCGACAGCGCUACGAGCCCGGCCAGAGCAUCCGCCAGCGCUGCAACCGCUGCACGUGCGAGGGUGGCCGCUGGCGCUGUGACCAGCAGCGGUGCCCGGCCGAGUGCGCGGUGCUGGGGGGACGUCACUUUGUCACCUUCGACCGCCGCCGCUUCUCCCUGCCGGCCACCUGCGCCCGCACCCUGGUGGAGGACUUCGUGGCGGGGCGGCUGCUGAUCACAGCCGAGCACGAGCCGUGUGACAGCCACCAGCCCCGGGGCUGUCCCCGCAGCCUCACCGUCACCACCAGCCGCACCACGGCGCGGCUCCACGGCACAGGGGAGGUGACAGUGGCCGGGCGGGAGGUGACGCUGCCCUUCUCCGGUGCCGAGAUAAGCAUCCGCCGCGCGUCCUCGGCCUUCCUGCACCUGCAGCUGCCCGACGGGCACCUGCUCUGGGGCCUGGGGACCCCCGACACCUUCGUCACCCUCCAGCCCGCCAUGGCCGGCACGGUGCGGGGGCUCUGCGGGACCUUCAACGGGGACCAGCGCGACGAGUUCACGACGCCGGAGGGGGACGUGGAGCCGGGAGUCGCCGCCUUCGCCAACGCCUUCCGGGCGGCCGGGGCCUGCCCGGCGCUGGGCCCCGGCAUUCCCGAUCCCUGCGACGGCUUCCCCGGGAGCCGGGAGCGCGCCGAGGCCGCCUGCGCCGUGCUCAUGGGGCCGGCCUUCCAGCCGUGUCACCGCGCGGUGGACCCGGAGCCGUUCCUGGAGCUGUGCCGCUGGGACGUGUGCUCCUGCCGGGAGCGGGAGCGGGAGCGGUGCCUGUGCCCCGCGCUGGGCGCCUACGGCCGGGAAUGCGCCCGGGAGGGGACGGAGCUGGAGUGGAGGAACCGGAGCCUCUGCGAUGAGCCGUGUCCCGGGGGCCAGCAGUACCGGGACUGCGGGGGUCCCUGCGGCCGUUCCUGCUCAGAGCCCCCCGGAGGCAGUGACUGUCCCCCUCCGGACACCCUCUGUGUCCCCGGCUGUCGCUGCCCCCCGGGGCUGCUGCUGGCCCAGGGGGGGCAGUGUGUCCCCCCUGCCGCCUGCCCCUGUCCCCGCGGUGCCCGCCUGUACCCGCCCGGUGCCCGCAUCCGCCGCGGCUGCCAGGCCUGUGUGUGCGCAGGGGGGUCGUGGCGCUGCGCCCCCGCCCCGUGUCCCCCCGCCCCGCGCUGUCCCCCGGGGCUGCUGCACUCGCCGGGCUCCUGCCUGCGCCGCUGCGACCCCGCCGAGCCCUCCGGCACCUGCGGCGGCCCCGCCGACGGCUGCGUGUGCCCCCCCGGCACCCUGUUCCUGGGCGGGCGCUGCGUGUCACCGGACGAGUGUCCCUGUCACCACGGCGGGCAGCUGUACCCGCCCAACGCCACCAUCGCCCGCGACUGCAACACCUGCGUGUGCCAGGGACAGCGGUGGCACUGCGGGCGCGAGGAGUGCGCGGGGACCUGCGUGGCCACCGGGGACCCGCACUAUGUCACCUUCGAUGGCCGCGCCUUCACCUUCGCGGGCGACUGCGAGUACCUGCUGGCGCGCGAGGCCACCGGGCUCUUCGCUGUCACCGCCGAGAAUGUCCCCUGCGGGGCCAGCGGAGUCACCUGCACCAAGUCCGUGGUGGUGGCCAUGGGGAACACUGUGGUGCACAUGCUGCGGGGGCGAGAGGUGACAGUGAACGGGGUGGCCGUGCGACCCCCCAAGGUGUUCGGGGGGUCGGGGCUGGCGCUGCAGCGCGCGGGGCUCUUCCUGCUGCUCCUCACGCGCCUGGGGCUGGCCGUGCUGUGGGACGGAGGGACCCGCGUGUACGUGCGCGUGUCCCCGCGGCUGCGCGGCCGCCUGGCCGGGCUCUGCGGCAACUUCGACGGCGACGCCGAGAACGAUUUCGGGAGCCGGGACGGGGCCCUCGAGGCCACCCCCGAGAUCUUCGGGGACUCCUGGCGCCUCAGCCCGCUCUGCCCCGAGGCCGAUGGCCACCGGCCACACCCCUGCGAGGACAGCCCCCAGCGCUCGGCCUGGGCGCAGGCUCGCUGCGGGGUCCUGCGGCACCAGCUCUUCGCGCCCUGCCACGAGCUGGUGCCCCCGCAGCGCUUCUACGAGUGGUGCCUGUUCGACGCCUGCGGGUGUGACAGCGGCGGGGACUGCGAGUGCCUGUGCACGGCCCUCGCCGCCUACGCCGAGGAGUGCGGCCGGCGGGGGAGAGCCCUGCGCUGGCGGAGCCAGGGGCUGUGCCCCCUGCAGUGCGAGGGGGGGCAGGAGUACAGCCCCUGCGGCCCCCCCUGCCCCCCCACCUGCCGCGACCUCGGCCGGGACCCCCCCGAGCUCUGCGGGGCCCUGGGGUGCCUCGAGGGCUGUUUCUGCCCCCCCGGGCGGGUCCUGCACGACGGGCUGUGCGUGGAGCCCCCCGCAUGCCCCUGCUUCUGGGACGGCUUCGCCUUCCCGGCCGGAGCCACCGUGACCCAGGGCUGCAGCAACUGCACGUGCCUGGCGGGGCGCUGGCAGUGCCCCCCGAGCCCGUCCCCGUGCCCCGCCGCCCCCGGCUGCGCCCCGUGGGAGUUCCGCUGCCGGGGCGGGGGUCUCUGCGUGCCCGGGGCGUGGCUCUGCGACAACGAGGACGACUGCGGCGACGGCUCGGACGAGCUGUGCGACCCCCCCUGCGCCCCCGAGCAGCCCCGCUGCCCCGGCGGGCGCUGCCUGCCCUGGGGGGCCCGGUGCGACGGCGUCACCCACUGCCCCGACGGCUGGGACGAGACGGGGUGUCCCCCCCGGGCCUGCGCGCCCCCCGAGUUCGCCUGUGCCGGGGGUCGCUGCCUCCCCCCCGCGCGGGUCUGCGACGGGCGGCUCGAUUGUCCCCCCGGGGACGACUCGGACGAGGCGGGCUGCGCCCCCCGGUGCGGGCCGGGGCAGUUCAGGUGCGGGGGGGGCCGCUGUGUCCCCUACCCCCAUCGCUGCGACGGCCGCGACGACUGCGGGGACGGGAGCGACGAGAGCGGCUGCUCCUGCCCCGAGGGACACCUGCCGUGCCCCGGGGGGGGCUGCCAGCCCCCCGCCGCCAUCUGCGACGGCCGCCGCCACUGCGCCGACGGUGCCGACGAGGCCAACUGCCCCGCGCGGGCCACCUGCGCCCCCGGGACUGUCCCCUGCCCCGACGGCUCCUGCGUGCCGGAGGUCGCCGUGUGCGACGGCGCUCGCGACUGUCGCGACGGCUGGGACGAGAGUCCGGCGGGGUGCGCGGUGGCGCUGCCCCCCGCGCCGCUGUCACCUGUCACCGCUGUCACCGCCACUGUCACCGCUGUCACCGCCACUGUCACCGACGUUGUCACCGCUGUCACCGCCGACGCUGUCACCACUGUCACCGCCGACACUGUCAUCGCGGUCACCAGCGCCAUCGGCACUGUUGCCAGCACUGUCACUGUCAGUGACACUGGCGCUAUCGCCGACGCCGUCUCCGACACCGCUACUGUCACCGCCGCUGUCACGGCCGCUGUCCCCGGCCCCGCCACCGCCUCGGCAGCGCCCUGUCCGCCCCGCUCCCUGCGCUGCGACAGCGGCGGGUGCGUCCCGCGGGGGUGGCGCUGCGAUGGCGACAGCGACUGUCCCGAUGGCAGCGACGAGGGAGGCUGCGGCCCCCCGUGCGCCCCCGGCCACCUGCCCUGCGACCCCCCCUGCGACCCCGGACGCGGCCCCUGCGCCCUCGCCUGCGUGCCCCCUCGCCGCCUCUGCGACGGCGUCCCCGACUGUCGCGACAGCGCCGAUGAGAGCCCCCGGCUCUGCGAGCCCCCCAGCCCCGGGAGCAGCCCGCGGGGUCCCUGUGCAGAGUUCGACUGCGGGGACGGGGAAUGUGUCACCUUCCAGCAGGUGUGUGACGGGCUGCGGGACUGCGCCUCGGCUGGGGACGAGCGGGGCUGCGGCCUCUGGGGGUCCUGGGGGCCCUGGGGGUCCUGCAGCCGCCCCUGCGGGCCCGGGGGGCAGCGCCGCGCCCGCGGAUGUCACCAGCGUCACCCGGGGCUGCUGCGGGGCUGCCGGGGGCUCCGCGAGCAGGAGAGACCCUGCUUCCACCGGGCCUGCCCGGUGGACGGCGCGUGGGGCCCGUGGGGGCCCUGGUCCGAGUGCCCGGGGGGCUGCGGGGGGGUCCGGCUGCGCACCAGGGGGUGCCAGCCCCCCCAGAACGGCGGCCGCGCCUGCGAGGAGCUGCGCGGGGGGAGCCCCGGAGCCCUGGAGAUGGCCCCCUGUGCCCCGGGGGGGUGCCCCAACGCCUCGGAGUGCGCGGAGGGGCUGCGCCCCCUCCCCUGCGCCCCCUGCCCGGCCUCCUGCGCCGACCUGGCGGCCGCCGUCACCUGCCCGCGGCCCCCGCCCUGCCGCCCAGGGUGCUGGUGCCCGGCGGGGCAGGUGCUGGACGCCCCCGAGGCCGGCGCGGGGCCCGCGGGGUGCGUGCGGCCGCGGGAGUGCCCGUGCCGGGCCGGGGGGCGCCGCUACCCCCCGGGCGCCCCGGUGCCCCUCGGUUGUCGCCUGUGCACCUGCCUCGAGGGGCAGCUGCGACACUGCCGCCCCCACCCCGGCUGCUCAGUGGACUGCGGGUGGUCGUCGUGGUCUCCGUGGGGGGCGUGCGCGGGUGGCUGCGGGACCCCCGGCGUGCAGUGGUCCUUCCGCAGCCCCUCGAACCCGGCCCGGCGCGGGGGCGGCCGGCACUGCCGCGGCAUCUACCGCAAGGCCCGACGGUGCCGCACGGCGCCGUGCCCGCGGUGUCAGGAGCGGGGCCGCUGGCGCGUCCCCGGCGAGCGCUGGCCGGGGGGCCCCUGCCAGGUGUGCCAGUGCCUGCCAGCCGGGGCCGUGCGCUGUGUCCCCUACUGUCCCCUCCGCGGCUGUCCCCAGGGCCAGGCGCUGCGGGAAGGUGACGGCGGCUCCUGCUGCACCUGCGGCCCCGCGGGUGACAACGCCACGGCCACCACGCCCUGGAUGAUGACAGCGCUGUCGCCCCCCGGCAGCCCCGGGUACGAGAGGGGCACGGUGGAGGGCCGGGAUCUGGGGGUCCCCAAAGCGGGGGGGCACUGGGGGCUUCCCCUGCUGCCCCCGCUCCCUCACCGUGCCCCCUCCAGCCCCACGGCCUGGCCCGAAGGGCCCAGAAGCGCCGAGACCCCCCCGGAGCCCCCCAGCGCUCCCGGGGGCACCCCCAGAACCGCGACCCCGCCCGAGGACACCCCGAGUCCCCCCGGAGGCUCCGCGACCCCCCACGAGCCGGAGUUGUCCUCACUGGCUCCCACGGGGGUCCCCGCGACCCCUCCAGGCUGCGCCCCCCCGCCUUGGGGGGGGUGGGGGUCCUGCAGCCGCUCCUGCGGGGUGGGGGUCGCUCUGCGGCGCCGGAGGGAGACCCCGCCCGAGGGGGGCUGCGCCCAGCCCCCCGACACCGACACCCGCGUGUGCUUCCUGCGAGCCUGCCCAGUUGCGGGCGGGUGGGCGCCCUGGGGGUCCUGGAGCUCCUGUGAUGCCCCGUGCGGGGGGGGAGAGCAGACCCGCCGCCGCAGCUGCAGCGACCCCCCCCCAAAAAACGGGGGGCAGCCGUGCGAGGGAGGGGCGCUGCAGAGCCGGCCCUGCAACCUGCGGCCCUGCGGGGACCCCCCAGCCUGCCCCCCCCAGACGCUGCUGGUCCCCCCGGGGGGGUGCGAGGGUCUGGGGGUCCCCCCCUGCCCCCCCACCUGCGCGGACCUGAGUGGGAACAGCUCGUGCCCAGGGGGCUGCGAGGAAGGCUGCCGGUGCCGGCCCGGUCUGGUGCUGCAGGGGAGCGGCUGCAUCGAGCCCAGCGCCUGCGGGGUCCCUGCGGGGGUGAUGGGGGUCCCCGGGAAUCGGGGCUCCCCUGAAUCCUGCGGGUGGUCGCGCUGGACCCCCUGGACCCUCUGUGACUGCGGCACCGGGACUCGGCAGCGCUUCAGGUCUCCCACGAACCCCGCGGCCUCGCUGGGCGGUGCCCCCUGCACCGGGACCCCCCGAGAGAUCCGGGGCUGUCCCGAGCUCUGCGGACCCGAGCCCGGGAGCGCGGGGCCGCCUGGGGCCACCGGGGCGCCCUGGCCGCCGGGGGGCACAGAGACCCCAGAGUCCCCAGAGUCCCCAGGGUCCCCAGAGUCCCCAGGGUCGCUGGAGCCGGCGUGGGGCACGGAGCCGCUCUGGGUCCCGGAGUCCCCGGAGCCCCCGGAGUCCCCGGACGCCGCGCUCGGCCGGUGGUCGCCGUGGAGUACAGAACCCUCGGGGGUGGCGGUGUCGCCGUGGAGCACAGAGCCCCCGGGGGUGGCGGUGUCGCCGUGGAGCACAGAGCCCCCGGGGGUGGCGGUGUCGCCGCGGAGCGCAGAGCCCGCCCGGGCCCCCGAGCCGCCGGUGCCCGCCCGUGGCCGGUGGUCGCCGUGGGGGCCCUGGGGCGGCUGCAGCGCCCCGUGCGGGGGGGGCGAGCGCUGGCGCCGCCGGGGCUGCGGGACCCCCCCGUGCCCGGGGCCGGCCCUGCAGAGCCAGAGCUGCCACAGCCACGUGUGUCGCGAGGCCGGGUGCCCCCCGGGCCGGACCUUCCGUGAGUGCGGGGGGGGCUCCGGGUGUCCCCGGAGCUGCGCCCACCUCGGGGGGGCCGUGGGGUGCGCGGCGGGGUGCCAGGAGGGCUGUCACUGCCCCCCCGGGACCUUCCUGCACCGCCGCACCUGCCUGCAGCCCCAGCAGUGCCCCUGCUCGGUGCCGGCCGCGCUGCUGCGGGGGGGCACGCCCGGGACCCCCACCGGGAUCCCUCCCGGGACCACCCCCGGCCCGGAGCCCUCCGGUACCCCCGCUGGGGACCCCCCGGUCGUGGAGCUGCCGCCGGGCGGGACCCUGCGCGUGGGCUGCUCCCGCUGCACGUGCCUGUGGGGCCGCCUGCGCUGCGGCCCCCCCGGGGGCUCCGCCUGCAACGGGACCGCGACAGCGAGCUGCCCGAGCCCCCCCUGCGCCGCGGAGCCCGGCCCCACAGCGGAUCUUGGCCCCAUAUCGGAUCUCGGCCCCACAGCGGAUCUUGGCCCCAUAUCGGAUCUCAGCCCCACAGCGGAUCUCAGCCCCAGAGCAGAUCUCAGCCCCACAGCGGAUCUCAGCCCCACAGCGGAUCUCAGCUCUACACCGGAUCUCAGCCCCAUAUCGGAUCUCAGUCCCACAGCGGAUCUCGGCCCCACAGCGGAUCUCGGCCCUACACCAGAUCUCAGCCCUACACCAGAUCUCAGCCCCACAGCCCCAGGGGACGAGGAGGAGGCCGGGGGGUCCCGGGCGGUGCCGGUGGUCCCGUGGGGGUCCUGGGGGCCGUGGGGGCCCUGCAGCCACAGCUGCACCCGCCCCGAGAGCCCCGCGAGCCGGAGCCGCCGCCGGGACUGCGCGGGGGAGAACUGCGGGGCGGGGGGCAGCACCGAGCGACGGCCCUGCAACCUGCCCCACUGCCAGGCUCCCCCCUGCGUGACGCCCCCCUGCCCGUGCCAGUGGAGCCCCUGGGGGCCCUGGGGGUCCUGCUCGCGGCCCUGCGGGGGGGGGCAGCAGCGGCGGCUCCGGGCCUUCGCCCCCCCCGGCCCCGGGGAGCCCUGGUGCCCCCAAAUCCUGGGGGGCCACGAGCAGCGCCGGCCGUGCGGGGUGACGGCGUGUCGGGUGAACGGCGCCUGGUCCCCGUGGGGUCCCUGGUCGCGCUGUGACGUCACGUGCGGGGGGGGCCGCUCCGUGCGCAGCCGCUCCUGCUCCCGCCCCCCCCCCAAAAACGGGGGCAGCCCCUGCCCCGGGGGGGCGCACGAGCUGCGGGUCUGCAACCCCCGGCCCUGCGGCCCGCGGUGCCCCCCCGGGCAGACCGUGUCCCCCUGUGCCAGCCGGUGCCCGCGGAGCUGCCGGGACCUGCAGGAGGGGGUGUCCUGCGAGGGGGGCGCCCCCUGCGAGCCCGGCUGCCGCUGCCCUCCCGGGACCCUGGAGCAGGACGGGGGCUGUGUCCCCCCCGCGCUGUGCGAGUGCCUGGACGCGGGGGGACACCUCUGGGUGCCGGGGGGGGGCGGCCACGCCCGGGGCUGCCGCAACUGCACCUGCGCGGGGGGGCGGCUGCGCUGCGUCCCGGGGGGGUGUCCGCCCCCCACCGCCACCCCCGGGACCCCCCCCGGGACCCCCCCCUGCGCCUGGAGCCGCUGGAGCCAGUGGGGACCCUGCAGCGUCACCUGCGGGGGGGGGCGGCAGGAGCGGUACAGGACUCCCAUCCCCCCCGAGGGCGGGGGGGGACCCUGCGGGGCCCCCCAGGAGCAGGCUCGGGGCUGCGAGGAGUCGCCGUGCCCCCCCCUGUGCCCCUGGGCGGGGGGCGAGCGGGCCCUGGGCGAGCGCUGGAGCCCCGGCCCGUGCCGGCAGUGCACCUGCACCCCCGAGGGACCCGAGUGCUGGGACACGCCGUGUGCGGCCGAGCCGUGUGACUGGAGCCCCUGGGGGCCCUGGGGACCCUGCGGAGACCCCUGCGUGGGGGGGUCCCGCCUGCGCCACCGGCACCCGCUGAACCCCGAGCCCCCUGGGCGGGCGUGUGCGGGGGUCCGCACCCAGAGCGAGAGCUGCCCCUCCAGCGCCUGCCCCGGUAACCCCCGGGCUGCCGCCCCGGGCGCCCCCUCCCUCCCCUGCGCCGGGCGGUGCCCCCGGAGCUGCGCGGACACCUGGGCGCCGGUGCUGUGUCUGCAGGGACCGUGCGAGCCAGGGUGCCGGUGCCCCCCCGGGCAGCUGCUGCAAGACGGGCACUGCGUCCCCCUGAGCCGCUGCCGCUGCGGGACCCCCGGCGGGGACAGCGGGAGCCGCGAGGUGUCCCCGGGGACCCUGACCCGCAUCGGGUGUCACAACUGCACCUGCGAGAACGGGACCCUGACCUGCCCAGCGCUGCCGUGUCCCUCCCCGGAGCCCGCCACUGCCGCCAUCCCCAUGUCGCCCAGGUCCUCCGUGUCCCCCCGGUCCCCCUCGCCCCCUCUCUCCGCCCUGUUCCCCGUCUCUCCCGAGCCCUCCCUGUCCCCCGCCGUGUCCCCCUGGUCCCCCUGGUCCCGCUGCUCCCGCAGCUGCGGCGGCGGCACCCGGAGGCGGCAGCGGCAGUGCCGGGAGGGCCCCGAGGCGGGGUCGCCGUGCGGGGAGAGCCCCGGGGAGGAGACGGCGGCGUGUAACCCCCAGGCGUGCCCCGGUGAGAGCGGGACACCGGGGACACGGGAGGCACAGCGGGGGAGCGGGGAAAAGGAGGGAUGGAGGGAACGGGGAAGGAACGGGGAAGGGAGCGGGGGGAGAACGGGAGAGGGGAACGGAGGGGUGGGAGAGGGAAGGGGGCGGAGGCUGCCCCCCGGGCGAGGUAUGGCUGGACCCCGGCCCCGCCUGCGAGCGCAGCUGCCAGGACCUGGCGGAGCCCCCCGGGACUUGCGGGGGGACCCCCGCGACCCUCGGAACCUCCGCAUCCCCCGCGACUCCCGCGACUCCGGACAGCUCCAGCACCCCCGGGGUCCCCGCGGCCCCCACGACGCCCGGCACUCCCGCGACCCUCGGGACCCCUUCGGCCCCCCCGCGCUGCGCCUGCGCCCCCGGCCGGCCGACAGCGAGUGGCAGGAGCCGUGCGGGACCUGUCGCUGCUCCGAGGGACGCGUCACCUGCGCCACCUCCUGCCCCGCGCUCACCUGCCCGGAGGGCGCGGAGCCGGUGCGGGAGCCCGGGAGCUGCUGCCCCGUGUGCCGGGACGAGUGGCCAGAGGAGCCCCCCGGGCCGUGCCGGCUCCUCACGGCGCUCCGGACCAUCGCCAAGGGCGCGUGUGUCCUGCGGGGCGUCCGUGUCACCUACUGCGCGGGGGCGUGCCGCUCCCGCACCGCCGUCAGCGCGCAGGAGCCGUACGUGCGGUCGCUGUGCGAGUGCUGCAGUUACCGGCUGGACCCCGCGCGGCCCGUGCGGGCCCUGCUCCUGCCGUGCCCCCGCGGCCGCCCCCGGCCCGCGCUGCUGCCCCGCAUCGCCGAGUGCCGCUGCGAGCCCUGCCGGGGUGCGGGGCCGGGAGCGGGACCGGGAACGGGGGGAGCGGGGGGAACGGGGGGAGCGGGGGGAACCGGGGGAGUCCUGCCGGGCUCGGGGGGUGCGGGGGAUCCUGCGGGGCUCCAGGGGGGACACGCGGCCCCCGCACGGCUCAGAGCGCUGCGGGUGGAGGAGGGGCUGUCCCGGGGGUCCCGGGGGUCCUUGGGUGUCUGGGGGGGCUGCGGGGGGCUCGGGGACAGCCGGACCCUCCUGUCCCGCAGGCGGGGACUUCAGCCGGCGCUGAGGAGACCCCCGGACACCGCCCCUCCUCCCCGUGUCGGCAUCGAGGAGAUCCUUAUCGAUACCAAUAAACGAUCGAUAGUCGAUGGAGCGCAAUAA